AUGAGCGACAAGGACGAAAAGGCACGCGACGUCGACGCGUCGACUCUGACCUUCGUCGGCCGAGACGCCUUGGCGACGCCGGUUCCCACUCUAACGGCCACCGCCUCGCUCUCGACACCGCCAGCGCGCAUGGCCAGGCUCGGGCUCGAUGCCGAGUACAGCACGCAGCGGCCGCGCUUCGCCCUGCUCCCGACCCGGCCGCCCUCCAUCUCGCUCCCGCCGCCCUCAUCUCAUCGCCCGAGCGGGUCCGACUCGCCCUCGUUCCCGGCCACCCCGGCAGCGCUCCUGCACGCGUUUGCGAGCCUCAGCCCUCGCGCCAAGAAGCUGUUCGCCGCCGCCAUCGCCGCCAUCCUCCUCCUCGGCGCCCCCAUCGUCCGCCGAGCCGGCGACCGUGGCCACGACUACUCGACCCAGUCGCCUUCGCCUGCGCACAGUCGCUCCUUCAAGCUCCCUCCAGUCUCGCCGCAGCGCGCCGCCGCCGAUGGCACCCCUCGAGCCGGCCUCUUCCACCCUCUUGCCUCCGCCGCCUCCAACGACCCCUCCGUCUCGCUCUCGGCCUACCUCGACUCGCACUUUGGUCCCCCGACACGGCCUCUCGCGCAGCAGCCCCAUGUCUGGCUCACGAUGGCCGACGCGUUGUGGGCGAGGACGGGCACAGCGGCGCUGCACGCGUUCGUCGAGCGGCUCAACUCGGAGCGCAGGGCGCGGUACGGCGCGCGCGAGGGCCGCGUGAGGGACACGAGGCUCGUCGUCAUGUGUCUCGACGACGGGUGCGUCGACGAGGUGGCCAAGUACAAGGACGCGCACGGGCGGGACGCAGGCGGCGGGUACGCGUACGGCGGCUGGAGGUGGAAUCGGCCCGACAAGAUCCUGUCAGUCGCGAUCUCCCCUUCUUCCUCGCGACGAGGCCCGGGCCGCUCAAGCGUCCUCGCCGCCGUCUCGACCUGGCCAAAACUCGCAGCCUUCAUCGAGGUCCUUCCUCAUCGCGACCUCUUCUUCGUCGACUCGGACGUCGCCUUUCGCUACGACCCGUACCCGUACAUGGAGCCGUUCAUGGCGACGCACGACCUCGUCGCGCAGGAGAACGACUCGUUCGACCACUUCAACACUGGCUGGAUGUGGAUCCGACGCUCGCAGACCGCGGCCGACGCCUGGCACGAGGUGCUCAAGAUGGACCUGGAGAAGACGAGCCGGGACCAGAACAACUUUAACGAGGUCCUCGGCACCGCCCUCCUGCGGCAGCACCUCGACGGCGGCGACCCUCGUCGGAAACCGCUCCUCGCCGACUUUGUCGCCAAGAACGGCCUGCGCGUCCACGUCCUCGACGACAACCUCUUCCGCAGCCACCACUUCGAGAUCGACCGCCCGUAUGCGGCACGGCAACACUCGCUGUACUUGCACAUGACCUGCGGCGACGACACGCGCACCAAGGUCUACGUCUCGAAGGCGCAGGGCUUCUGGAGCGACGUCGAGCGGUACUACACCGAGCCACCGCCCCUGCUUACUGUCGACCACCUGAGCGGCGACCGCGACGAUGUCGAGCAGCUCUUCAAGAUCCUCCUCACUGCGGCGCACUACACGUCCCGCACGAUCCUCCCGCCGACGCACGCGACCUUCCUCAACCUCGAGCCGUCUUCCUCGUCCACCUCGCGCCAGACGCGCCGCAUCUACUCGUCGUUCCCGAUCCCGCACAUCGCCGAAGCGCUCGGCGUGCCCAUCGUCGAGCCGAGGUACCCGGCCUGGGCGGCGCGCGAGCUCGUCGGCGGGAGCGUUCUCGGUUUACCGAGUACGUCGAGCUCGGCGGUCGAGGACGGCGAGGGAGUUGGGUCUCGGCUGCGGCUCGACGUGCAGUGGAGCGGGGAGGACUUGCGCAGGCGCAACGAGAAGGUGGCCUCGCUGGCCGAGGUCGUCGAGCUGGACCUGCGCCAUACCGAUACCCUCACCUCCUUCCUCGCUCUCCUGCGCUCGCCCUCAUUCUCGUCGGCCCGUGCGCCCGUCGUCAAGAUCAUCAACUUUGACUUUCCCGACGCGACACACUGGCGCGACUGGGACUUGCCUCGCGCUCUCGACCACGUCCACACCUGCGACGAGCUCGACAAGCUGCCGGCGUGCGACGCCAUCUGCCGAGGGUCGAAGAAGGGCGUCAAGGUCGACGAGGCGUGGCCUUCGUGGGAGGACCUUGAGGGCGAGGAGGACGAUGGCGGCGAGGGCGAGUAAGGUCUGGCGUGCAACUUGGAGAUGGUCCGCAUGGCU